AUGGAUGUAACCGGUUUCCCUCACCAAGUCGGUGGUCACUUCGGUCUCUUAACAUGUUCGGGUCAUGUGUGUAAGCCUUUGAAUCAACGUGAAUACUCCUUCUACCAACAAAUCACACCCAACCUCCAGUCUUUUACUCCAAAGUUUUGUGGUAAGUACGAAGAGGAUAGUACGAUGUUGGUGUUUAGGUCGAGUACGAGUCAAUUUGAGCACGUCUCAGGAUGGUACUGUGUAUAUGAGUACGGAUCAGACGAUACAAUGUCAUUCGCCCAAGAAUACGCUGUGUGUUUGUGAUAACGACGAAGUUUCUACCAGUACUAGUACUGAGGAUUCCAACGUGAACGAUGAGAAGAAGAUGACAUUUCGAUUGCGUAAUAAGAGGGUGGAGGCAGAAAGUGUCACUAAUGCAUGGGCAGGGCAAUGUCAGAGCAAGGUAAGCUCAUUUUGAAAAAAAGUUUAAAAUUUAAAUUUUUGAUUGAAAUUUGUAACUCUUUCACAAAAAAUGAUGUUUUUCUUUACUACUGUAACUUGAACUUUUAAUUAAAGACUGUAUUGACAUUAUUACCUAGUAUAACAUUGCAGGUUGUACAAAAGCUUUUUAACGGAUACGACAAGUGGUUUAUUGUGAUAGAAGACAUGGUAUCAGCGUUCGCGAAGCCUUGUGUGAUAGAUCUCAAAAUGGGUACUCGACAGUACGGUGACGAUGCUUCAGCACAGAAGCGACUGAGUCAGCAUCAGAAGUGUCGACAGUCGACGAGCGAGGAGAUGGGCGUCAGAAUGGUGGGGAUGCAGUUGUACGAUCGACGAACAAAGUCCUAUGUCUAUGUUAACAAGUACGAAGGGCGCAGGAUGGAUCGGCUGCAGUUUAUCUCUGCUUUGACCGUCUUCUUUCGGUAGGAUAAUACAAACGGUUGCGUUAUAUCGUUAUUUAUAUAUUUUUAAGUUUAGGCGUUACCACAGUAUCUUUUAUCUUAUGUAAGUUAUCAUGAUAUUAUCCAUCUUUUCCAGAUCUUCUGGCACCCAGAGGUCAAAGAAGUUCCUCGAGAGGCUGCUGGAGCUGUCCAAAGUGAUGAGCUCUUCAGAAGGCUACCGUUUCUUCUCCUCCUCCCUGUUAAUAGCCUUUGACGACAGUCCCACAGCCUCAUCUGAUGUUGUAGUAAGCAUGAUCGACUUUGCCCACUCCACCUUCCCCGGCUUCCUAGAAGACAAGGUCUACGAAGGGAUGGACGAGGGAUACCUACUGGGAAUAAACUCGUUAUGUACAAUAUUAUGCGAUAUAAUCGAAGAUCUGAACGCCGAAAUAGAGGAGGGCCUGGUGCCUAGUCCAGACUGGAAUCUGGUCAAAUGCCGGAAACGCAAAUUCGAUCUGGAAUCGGCUACAGAAGAGCUCACGGUACCCGAACUUCUGGUCACUGACAGCAACUAA